UAAUUCUCCCGGGAGCACAAGUUGAUCUGUUACCUCAAUCUGGGGGGGAAAGGGCUACAAAACCCCAGAACCUCACAACCGGCCUCUUAUUAGAUCUUGGAUGAGCAAAGGAACAGAAGGGCGACAAGAUGCAUUGCGAGAGGUUUAUAUGUAUCCUGAGGAUACUUGGAACUACACUAUUUGGGGUGUCCCUUCUGCUCGGAAUUUCGGCCGCUUACAUUGUUGGCUACCAGUUUAUCCAAACGGACAACUAUUAUUUCUCAUUUGGACUCUACGGUGCUAUUCUGGCAUCUCAUCUCAUCAUCCAAAGCCUCUUUGCCUUUCUCGAACACAGGAAAAUGAAACGAUCUCUUGAAACGCCAAUCAAGCUGAACAAAACUGUUGCCCUUUGCAUUGCUGCCUACCAAGAGGACCCCAACUACUUAAAGAAAUGUUUACUUUCAGUGAAAAGGCUCACCUACCCUGGAAUUAAGGUGAUUAUGGUAAUCGAUGGGAAUUCUGAAGACGAUAUUUACAUGAUGGACAUUUUUAGUGAAAUCAUGGGCAGGGAUAAAUCUGCUACGUACAUCUGGAGGAAUAACUUUCACCAGAGAGGCCCCGAUGAGACAGAAGAGUCCCAUAAAGAGAGCAUGCAGCACGUCACUCAACUGGUCCUGUCCAACAAAAGUGUCUGCAUCAUGCAAAAAUGGGGUGGGAAAAGAGAAGUAAUGUACACAGCAUUCAAAGCGCUGGGGAGAAGCGUGGAUUAUGUGCAGGUAUGUGAUUCUGAUACAAUGCUUGAUCCAGCUUCAUCAGUGGAAAUGGUAAAGGUUUUAGAAGAAGAUCCAAUGGUUGGAGGCGUUGGGGGAGAUGUACAGAUUCUGAACAAGUACGAUUCGUGGAUCUCCUUUCUCAGCAGCGUAAGAUACUGGAUGGCAUUUAAUAUCGAAAGAGCCUGCCAAUCCUACUUUGGCUGUGUACAAUGCAUCAGCGGACCUUUGGGAAUGUACAGGAACUCCUUACUCCACGAAUUUGUGGAAGAUUGGUACAAUCAAGAAUUCAUGGGAUCUCAGUGCAGCUUUGGAGAUGACAGACAUCUCACAAACCGGGUCCUGAGCCUUGGCUAUGCAACGAAAUAUACAGCUCGAUCCAAGUGCCUUACUGAAACACCCAUAGAAUAUCUCAGGUGGUUGAACCAACAGACCCGUUGGAGUAAGUCCUAUUUCCGAGAGUGGCUAUACAACGCAAUGUGGUUCCACAAGCAUCACUUGUGGAUGACCUACGAGGCUGUCAUCACUGGGUUUUUCCCUUUUUUUCUUAUCGCCACUGUCAUUCAGCUUUUCUACCGGGGGAAGCUGUGGAACAUCCUCCUUUUUCUGUUGACAGUCCAGCUUGUGGGUCUCAUAAAGUCUUCCUUUGCCAGCUGCCUUAGAGGGAACAUUGUCAUGGUGUUUAUGUCCCUUUACUCAGUGUUGUACAUGUCAAGUUUACUUCCGGCCAAGAUGUUUGCAAUAGCAACGAUAAACAAGGCAGGGUGGGGCACGUCGGGCAGAAAAACAAUUGUAGUCAAUUUCAUAGGACUCAUCCCAGUGUCCGUUUGGUUUACAAUCCUCUUAGGUGGUGUUAUUUUCACAGUAUACAAGGAAUCCAAAAAGCCAUUUUCCGAAUCGAAACAGACAGUGUUGAUCAUCGGUACGAUACUUUACGCGUGCUAUUGGGUGAUGCUUUUGACUUUGUACUUGGUUCUCAUCACCAAAUGUGGCAGACGGAAGAAAGAGCAACAGUAUGACAUGGUGCUGGACGUAUGAUUUGACCACUGCAUCUUUGUCCGUUUUUGCUGCCCGUGGAAAGUUUUUUAAGCGACCUGAUGACGAACCUUCUAGCGUUUGUGGCACUGAAUUUGAUAUCAUCAAGGGGAAAAGAUCACUGCUGCUGGGACUUGAACAUUAACAAUUUCGUGAACAUGCCAAAGCAAAAAAAAAAAA